CCCGAACUCGCCCUCCUCCCUGGCCGGCCUUCCCACCCAGAGGGGCUCCUCAGCCACACACUGCGUCCAGCAAAACCCCUAAGUCAGGGAGGCCAGGGCGGGCAGCCCAUUCAUCGUCCUCACCACGCUGUUCCUUCUGGGCCCUUGGUUGGAACGCUCAGCAUGCCCCACCGCUCACUCCCGGUGCACACGCGCCCCAAGGCAUCCGGAAUGGGUGACCUCAGGCCCACCUGCAAAACCAAGAGCGCUGGCGGGCUCUCUGUGGGGUGCAGGGGGCUCCCAGGCAACCGAGGUAUCUGCCAACGAGGAGGACUCAAGGACCAGUGCCCCCCAGGCCAGGCACUGGCAAGGCAGGACCCCCACUCCCAGGCCCAGGCCUGCUGGCCUUAGCCAAAUGCAGGGGACGGUGCUGGGUCAGACUCAGAGGGCCAAGGGCAUCGCAUGUCAACGGCCUUGCUGCCACCUAAGGCCCAGAGCAGGGACUGAAGGGACAGGAUGGGCGGGUGCCACUAGGCCAGCGGCAGACCCCACUCCUGGGCCCCAGCCGGGCCAGGCCAGCCAGGUCCACCCCAGGGUCUAGGAGCAGAGUGUAUCCUAAAGGAAGCCACCCCUUAUUAGGGUGGCCAGGGCAGGCCAGGCAGACCCCAGAGGUGGCCAGGGAGAGGUAGCAGGGGGGUCCCAGAGGGGCCCAGUCUCAGGACAGCAGCUGUGUGGUAGUCAGAGGGCAGGUCCCAGGGAGGUCAGGGAUGAGCGUGACUGGGCUCCUGGCCUAUGGAUGGGGGCAUUGGUGGACAUUCUGGACUCAGGCUGGUGCUGAGACCAGCAAGGAGUUAGACAGCACGUUGCCAGCAGAGGCUCCUGAGGCCUGAGGGCUGUAGUCAUUCCAUGAACUGCUGGGUUCCACCCAGUAACACAGACUUUACAGGCAGGGGUCAGGCUCCGGGAAGCACGAAGCGAAGGGGCUGCACCCAACCGGCUGCAACGCACUCUUGGUGUGGAGGGUCUCAGAUUCCAAGGUUGGCCCUGCCAGACCCAAGAGGACAGACUAGGGGGACAGAUGAGACCCAGUGCCCUUAGCCCCCAACCUUGCCCCGCGAGGUGUCCGUGUCCCUCCUAUUCUCCACUAGGUCUUCCAGGCAGGUGCUCCACUGGGCACCUAGCCCCUUCCACCCCCUCCCCAGGCAUUGAUUCACCGGCCCCAGCUUGGGGCACUUGUAGGGCCCCGCAGGCACACCCUGGAGAAGACAGUGUCCGAGUGAGAGGGGUGGGCCCCUUGCCCGCCACAGGCCCCUUGCCCACUGAUCCCCCGCAGCUGUGCUGGCUUUUCUCUUGCAUGUGUGCUUGUGCCUUUUGCUACCUGGAAGACACCGCAGAGGAGGACGCGGAAGAGGAGAAACCGAGACCCAAACUCACUGCUCCUAAGAUCCCAGAAGGGGAGAAAGUGGACUUCGAUGACAUCCAGAAGAAGCGUCAGAACAAAGACCUAAUGGAGCUCCAGGCCCUCAUCGACAGCCACUUUGAGGCCCGGAAGAAGGAGGAGGAGGAGCUGAUCGCUCUCAAAGAGAGAAUCGAGAAGCGCCGUGCGGAGAGAGCGGAGCAGCAGAGGAUUCGUGCAGAGAAGGAGAGGGAGCGCCAGAACAGACUGGCGGAGGAAAAGGCCAGAAGGGAGGAGGAAGAUGCCAAGAGGAGAGCAGAGGACGACCUGAAGAAGAAGAAAGCUCUGUCUUCCAUGGGAGCCAACUACAGCAGCUACCUGGCCAAGGCCGAUCAGAAGAGAGGCAAGAAGCAGACGGCCCGGGAAAUGAAGAAGAAGAUUCUGGCUGAGAGACGCAAGCCGCUCAACAUCGACCACCUCGGUGAAGACAAACUGAGGGAUAAGGCCAAGGAGCUCUGGGAGACCCUGCACCAGCUGGAGAUGGACAAGUUCGAGUUUGGGGAGAAGCUGAAACGCCAGAAAUAUGAUAUCACCACGCUCAGGAGCCGUAUUGACCAGGCCCAGAAGCACAGCAAGAAGGCUGGGACCCCAGCCAAGGGCAAAGUCGGCGGGCGCUGGAAGUAGAGAGGCCAGAAAGGCCCCUCGAGGCAGAGACCCUCCGCCCUCUUGCACACCAGGGCCGCUCGUGGGACUCCACAUCCUCCAGCCCCCACAAUCCUGUCAGGGGCUCCUUGACAGUCCUGGGGGUGGAGAGGCCAUCCCGGGGCAUCCCCCGCAUCUCUGUCGUUGCUGCCUCCAUCCUCUGGGGCCUGUGAAUAAAGCCGCAGACCCCCC